AGCAAUUUUGAGGGAAAUAAGUUCAGAUUCUUUUGCUUUUUUCCUGAAAAUGGAUACAUGUUUUAUUUUCUCGUGUAUUUGGGUUCUGCAAUCUUAAGUCAAUUCCAGGAUAGUUUUGUAUUCAAUUUUUGUGCAAGAAUUUCUUCUAGAAUCUUAAACUAUGUAAAUGUCAAAUGAAUUCUUCACAAUUCCAUACAAAAUUGUUGUAGAAUUUAAGUUGAUUUCCGGGUAGUUUUGUAUUCAAUUUUGUGUGUGAGAAUUUGUUCAAGAAUCUCAAACCAUGAACAUCUUUAGUGAUUUCUUGACAAUACUGUACAGAGUCUUGCAGAAUAGAGGAAUUAGCCUAGAAGUUCAAGAAAUGGACGGCAUAUUAAAUUCGGAUGAGAAUUAUGAAAUGGGAUAUUAUCCUUCACCUUCUUCCAUGGAUCAAACUGAUCAAUCACCAACAGAAACUCCCAGUUACUCGAUCCUGAGUCGAGAUUCUUUUGCGUACUGCAGAACAAUUUCGGAGACAUCAACCUUUUCGGAGCACACGGAUGAUAAUAGUUACUCCGAAAUAGCCUCUCCUCUCUGCUGGCCAGGGAGGAAGUCUCCAACGCGUGCAUCUCUUUCCAGACAAGGGAUGAGUCAGCACAGGCAUUGCUUGGAUGAGAAGAAUCGAGAUGAGGUAUCAACGGAUGUAGAAUUAGAAAUGAUGAAGGAGAAAUUUUCAAAGCUGUUGUUGGGGGAGGACAUGUCAGGAGGUGGGAAAGGAGUUUGCACUGCAGUUACUAUUUCUAAUGCCAUAACAAACCUUUAUGCUUCGGUGUUUGGCCAGCAUCUGAAACUGGAGCCUCUGCAUCCAGUGAAAAAGUCGAUGUGGAAGAGAGAAAUGAAUUGCCUUCUAUUAGUAUGCGACUAUAUCGUAGAAUUCACUCCUACGUCACAGAAUUUAAAAGACGGGACUAUUUUGGAGGUGAUGUCAAGUCAACCAAGGUUAGAUAUUCACAUCAAUCUUCCAGCAUUGAAAAAACUUGAUGCAAUGCUCUUGGAUGUAUUAGAUAGCUUUGAGAGGACUGAAUUUUGGUAUGCAGAACGGGGAAGUAUGUCGGGAAAUUUGACGCGUUCUGGAUCAUUUAGGGAUAUAGUUCGUCCUCACGGCAAGGAGGAGAAAUGGUGGCUACCGGUUCCUUGUGUUUCCCCGGCAGGUCUCUCUGAGAAAUCGAAGAAGCUUUUGCGCCAAAAACGCUCUUGUACCAACCAAAUUCACAAAGCAGCAAUGGCCAUAAACAAUUGCAUUCUUGCUGAUAUGGAGAUUCCAGAAUCAUACAUGGCGUCACUUCCUAAGAGUGGAAAAGCAAGUGUAGGCGAUACAAUUUAUCGUUACAUGUACACUUCAGAGAAUUUUUCUCCUGAUCAACUCCUCGACUCUCUCAAUAUAACCUCUGAACACGAAGCACUCGAGCUUGCAGACAAGGUCGAAGCUUCAAUGCACACAUGGAGACGUAAAACAUGCUUAGCUCACUCAAAAUCAUCAUGGGACACGGUCAAGGAUCUGAUAUCUGAUAUUGAUAGAAGUGAUAAGAACCAUCUUUUGGCAAAAAGGGCCGAGAGUUUGUUGUUUUAUUUGAAGCAAAGAUAUCCUGAACUUUCACAAACAACGUUGGAUAUGUGCAAGAUUCAAUACAAUAAGGAUGUAGGACAAGCAGUUCUAGAGAGCUACUCAAGAGUAUUGGAAGGUUUGGCAUACAACAUCGUUGCUCGGAUUGAGGACGUACUUUUUGCAGAUAAAAGCAUGAAAAAUCAGGAUUAGUAGCAGCUACGGCAACAAAUUUAUAUUCACUUAUAUUUAUUUCAACUCCAACUUCCCCCACCAAAUAUGUGUUAGCAUUAUUUUCAAGAUUUUGUGGGAAUAGAGAAGUGAUUGACAUGAAGGAAUCAAGCAGAGAAUGUCAUUGUUGCUACCUAUCCAUUUCGAGGAACAUGACAAUCAAUAUGCUUGCUUGCUUUGUUCUCAAGUACCAGUCUAUUAUAUUGGACUAUAUUUAUCAAUGAAAUUUACGUAAUUCUCUUUCAAAAAAUGAGAAAAAUGAUCACAUUUGCGUAUAGUUUAUAGACAAAUUUUAUAUCAUCCUUAA